AUGGCGCAUUACAUCGUUGCACACCGUCACAACCAGUCGCUCAGGACUCUCAGGUUGGAGUCGCUUCUACUUCUAAAUGCAGGGCCUGAUGAUAUUGCUAGACACGGGUUCCACUUGCUGACCACAUUGGAACUGCUUCACUGCACUUUCUACGACGACGGCGAUUACUCGGCAGCGGAUUUUGCAAAGGUCAAGUUACUACUGUCUUUUGAGAAUCUGCCAAAUUUGAAAUGCUUGAAGCUGCUCUACUGCGAGUCGCGCCAUCCUGUAAAACUGUCAGCUCCACAGCUGCUGGAAUUGGAGAUUGGAGUUUGUAGUUUGAUAUCAAUUGUGGAUACUGGAUAA